UGCUGCGAUUAGACUGGCAACAAAAAGGGCGGGUAACUGAUACACACAGGGCUGAGCUGCAUGUUUCACGAGAUAAAUGAUGAAAACCUCAAUGCUUGUUUGCUGUUAAUUAUGUCAGGAAUAAUAAUUGUGUCAUCUGAUAGUAGUUCUCUCGAAGAUGACGAAACAUUCAUUGCGUCAUGUGCAUCUGACAGCGGAAGGCAGUUUGACUGUUCGGGAAUAUCCAGAGUUUGUCAAAAAUUACUCAGGAAGAGGAUCUCAAGAGAUUCGCGUGAGUGCCAUGACAUGCAGGAAACAGAAACAUUGAAAACUAGAGCCACUAUGUGCUCUGGUGAUGAUAAUGACUUCGACCUACAGAGGGCAAUAGAGGAAAGUCUGCAGGAGAAGACAUUAACUUCACGAGGAAGAAACCAUUCAACAUUUACCAAGGAUUCUAAAAGGCAUGGAAGAUCUAGCCGGAAAAGAAAUGAUAGACAGCAGAAGAGUACAUGGUGUAAAAAACGAAAAGAACGUGAAGAACAGCUUUGGCUUCCUGAGACAGUUCGGCAUUUUAAAAGAGGUUCACCAAGUUCUCCUAUCACGAUCUCUUCUGAAGAAGAAGAUUUUGACUUGCCUGAACUGGGGUCAGAUGGUGAUAAAAAUGUCAGUCACACAGCCACUACACAUUGUAAAGUAAAAUCAUGUGCAAUGGAAACUGAUGAUAUUCAUAAAGGAAAAGACAGGCAUUUUAUGGAUACAUUAUCAUCUCUAUCAUUGCAAAAUAGUGAAAAUGAGCAGAGCCAAAGUGUAAAGACUGAAAUUAGGUCUCACCCAAAACUGCAACAAAGGAAAGACAGAAUUAGUUCAGAAAUUCAAGCUGGAUCAUCACCGGUUCAUGUGGAAACAAUCAUUGCUCCAAGUUUUGAUAUAGAAAAUCAAAGUGUGGACAGGAGAGCCGACAAACAAGUUAAAAAUGGAAGGGUCAAAUUUCUUUUAGGACACCCAGCCUUACAAACAGAAGUAAACAGUCUUAAUAACAGAUUUUCACACCUUCAGGUUUCUAUGAUAGAAUGUGCAUCUGAAGAUCAAGGAGACAGUAUCUUCUUUUCACAAAUUCUGGAGUUACUUGAGAAUUUUUCUCACACUCACAAACCUCCAUCAGCACUUGUUGAAAACGUCAUCAGAUGUGGACUGUUAGAUGUUCAGCAUGAGGAACUAGCCUUUCGAAGUUAUUGGUCUGUGUUAGCAAUAUGGCAUCACUAUCCAGACCUUGUUUUGUUAGACUGGACUGCACUACAAACAGCAGGGGAUGUGUUGAAAAAAGGUCUGCAGGCAAGAAGUGCCCAUUUUGCAAAGAAAUCUGUUAACACCUCAGAGUGUAACAAUAACACCAGAACUGAAAGUAACUCAAAAGAACCAACAUUUCAUCAGGCAGCAUUAUUUCUGCAGCUAAUGCUACAAGGACUAAGGAUUAAUCUUAAAAACUGCAAACUCCCAGAUCAAAGCAGUGUGCGAAAAUCUCUGGCUUUUAAGAGCCUGUCUGUAGAACAGACGGCUACCUUCAGGCACAUCAUCCACUGGUUGGAAUGUUGCCUGGUCACUACAGAACAUCUCGAUAGUCAGUCUGUAAGCACAGACACAGAUAUCAAGCAGAAAACAAAGGAUAGCCAGUGUGACAAGGAUAGAAACAGGUUGGUUUUAGGUCACCAGGAAGUAUGUCCCUGGCUUCUAGAAAGUUUGCAGAAUUUACUUUCUCUUAUUGUAUUUGUCAGUGAAGACAGGCAUGCGACUGCUAGGAAGCUGUCCUCUGACCUGGUCAGGACAUAUAUAUACCUGCCCAGCAUGCAGGCAAAGAAGCAGCUAUUGCAGACUCUUUCAUCACCUCUUCUGUGUUUUUAUUUGGUGUGUCUUGUGCUGGAGAACCACUGCUCUAAUGCCAUCAGAAUGAACUCCAGAUUUCCAGAAUCGUUGAAUGAGUUGACAAAUUGCUACUUUUAUGCCUCGCCACCAAAGAGUCCAGUGACACCACCACCAUCUCCAUCUGAUGAAGAUGAUAACAUCGAGGAAGGAUCGACACAUCAUCAGUAUUCUGCACAGAGCUGUGAGGAGCUGGCAAUGCUGAUUUUUUUUGUCACCAAAAGCUUUAUUGCUUGUCGACAGAAGCGAGAACAAGCAAGAACAAGCGAAAGAACACGAAGACAGCAGAUCCUUUUAGGACCUGAGAUACCAUCACUGAGUUCUUCUGAAAGAGAGCAUGUGCAGGAGGCAACAAGCGAGUUCAAGCAACAUCUGCAAGAACUGGUACCAGAGCUAAGCAUGGGUACUCAGAUCUAUCUCCAUUUAAUAAAAGCUCUGGCCACAGCUAUGUAAACGUUUUUAGCAUCAUCAUUUUUGUUCUGUCCCAUCAUUGAAUAGUCCUAGCUCAGCUUGACUUUGUAUAUAAUGCUCUGUGAUCAAGGGUGGUCAUUACGAUGGCAUAUCAGUUUAAAUGGAGGAUGGCACAACUAUUUUUUUUUUAGAGAAUGUUAUUCUUUCUUUGAUUGGUUAGUGUUUGAGACUGCUGAUUAUUCACAUUGUUUUGAAUUUUCAAUUAUUUAAGAAUUUAUCAGUCCAGCUAGAAGCAAUUUCAUCUCCUUAGAUAUAAUUUUACCAGUAAUUUUACAUCCAUCCCUUGAACAUUUGCAUUCUGUUUUGAAGAUGCAUUGUUGGGCAUUAUCAUAUAUUUCUUCUCUGACUAGGGACACAUGCAUUGUUCCACUAGCUAAAUGCUAAUGCUUAGCGGUCAGCCAAAAUUACUAAAUAUGAACGCUAGGUGUUAGUAUCCAUCUAGAAUGACCGUACACCUGGUUUUAACUUUCUGUCCAAAUAACUAUUCCAAAGUUAGUACACAUGUACUGGCGAUUUUAGAUGUGAACAAAUUCCAAACCUUGCAUGUUGAUAACAUCCUUUUUUAUUUUCUUAUUUUCUUGUUUUCCUUCCCCACACCAUCGCCUGAAAGUGGAGGCAGGCUAGAUCUUUUCUGCAAUACUGCAAUACCCUAAAAAUACCAAACAGAAAAUUUAAUUUAACGUCUGAUAUGUGCUGACCAUACACAUGUUGCCGGCCUGCACCUGCUCAGUUUAGUUUGGAAUAGUAAAGCUGGGAUCAUGGUGCUGCAUGCAGUUUGUUAUAUAGAAUUAUGGAAUGAAGAAUUUAACUUGUUUCUAUUUGCUAGAGUGUGCAAGAAGUAAAAGAGUCACUCCCUGUAACAAGUGUCUUGGUUUUAAAUUAAACAGCAGCAGAGAUGACAAAAAACAGCUUGAACUUGGAAGCACAAGUAGUGAAUACCUAUGUGUCAGCUUUCUUAUAUCUGUGUAGAAUUUGCAGUUUCCUCCAUGACCCUUUGCAGUAGUAGGUAUGUAUCUUCAAGUGUACAAGGGGACAGAAGAGAACCAGUUAAACGCUUGAUAGAAACAAAGCUUUAGAACUUGUCUUGAUGGCUGUAUAAGGGCAUUGUGUAAAACAUGUAAUCAUGAUUAGUCUUUGAAGAUAAGACAAUGAAUAUUAAAUGGUAGUGUUGUUGUUUUUUAAUCUACUUCAAAGCAGACUUGUAGUAGUACGUUGCACUCAUCUACACAUUGAAAGUUUUAUUUUUUUUGCAAAGUAUUGGGAAGGAUGGCUAGUUACUAAAAUCAAAUUAGUAAGCUCGUUAAACUGAAGCCGUGUGGUCCGGACAGAGUAGAGAAGAGUGCAACAUAUAGCUCACUAUGAAAAAUUAAUGUUUGGAUUUUUCUCUCUGCAAUAAAAUGAAACAAAAUAAAUUAAUUCAAAAGCAUACCUUUAAUUAGGUUUCAUAUGUUGUAUAAAGGAAUGGCAUGUGCAUUAAAAUUGAUCUAAGCUUUUAUUUAUUGGAGACACUUUUAUAUGAAAAGUGCAUUUCCUUCAUUAAAAAUCUUUUUCAUGACAUUUCCAUUCAUUUUUGUGAAAUUUAUGGCCAGCUACAGUCUUAAAGAAUGUUUGUGUAGAGGUUAAUAUUUAAAAAUAUGCUUUCAAAUUAGUAUUUAGAAUAUUUAAAAGUUGGAAAUAACAUUUAUUUUCAGACAGCAGCAUUUUCUCUUUGUGGUUAUGCAUCAUUUUAAAUAUUAAUGGUAUGAAAUAAAUAGUCUUUCUCGCAUUACUUAGUAGUAAUGAAAAACCAGUGAGUCUUGUAUUAGCCAUGGCAAAGAUAUUUGCUAAAGGGACUAUCAACAUUUGAUAAGUUUUUUUUUCCAACUACUUUCCUGUUGCCUAAAAAGACACUACUUUUUAAAACUACAGUUAUCAUUAAUUGAAAUUUGUGGUUUCCUUUUCUUGUCAAAUGUCACCAUUUCUAUGGGGCCUGUUUUGGCAUUGGCCAUUGUUUCUUAUAUAUUUUGUUACCUGUGAUGCUCAAAUGUCUACAUGUCAUGAGCAAUUUUUCAUCAUUCCCUUUAAUAUUCCGAUGGCUCAUUGUUAUUUAUGCAUCCACAAAACUGGUACUUCAUGUUUAUUUGCAAUGAAUUAUUUUUUAACUUGUCAUCAUCACUUAAAUAUAGAAGAUUCAAUGAAUUGUUUUUCUGUUUUCUCUAUAAAUCCUUAGUUAAGAGAACUACUACAUUGGAGUAAACAUACCACUGUUUCAGA